AUGAAAAGUACAAAUAAUAAAAGAAGUGUAACUACUAGGGCGUCCCCCUCAAGCGACGAUAAGAGUGAAGGAACUGCAGCAAAUGCUAGGGCGUACCCCCCAAGCGACGGCAAUGUCACCAGAGCCCAUACACAAGUACCAAAAAUACGCAUCGCGAGUUGGAAUGUGGGCUCAAUGACAGGACGAAGCGCCGAGCUGAGUGAAGUACUACAUCGCAGACGCAUCAACAUAUGUUGCAUUCAAGAGACGAAAUGGAAGGGGUCUAAGUCGCGAAACAUCGGGCAUAAUUACAAACUCAUAUACCACGGGACACGAUCACAAAAUGGAGUUGGAAUUGUGGUAGAUCAUGACUUUCAAGAUCGCAUAGUAGAAGUGAACAGAAUAAGCGAGCGACUAAUUUCAAUUAAGUUUGCUCUUGAUAACCAACCAUGCAUGAACAUCAUAUGCGCCUAUGCACCACAGACUGGCUGCUCAAAUGCAGAGAAAGAAACAUUCUGGAACGAGAUAAACGAUUUACUACAAUCCAUUCCGGCAACGGAGUCGAAAUACAUAGGCGGUGACCUAAACGGCCAUGUUGGGAGCAGAACAUUCACGUACCAGAGAAUACACGGCAACUGGGGAUAUGGCAAUAUUAACCCGGAAGGCGAAAACAUCUUACAAUUUGCGUUAACCCACGAUCUUGCAAUCGUCAACACGUUCUUCUCUAAACGUCCCGAACACCUGGUUACAUACAAAAGCGGCGGGGCAUGCACACAAAUAGACUACAUCCUAACAGAUCGGCACCGGCUGAAGACUUUCAGGGACUGUAAAGUAAUCCCCGGAGAACCACUUACAUCACAACAUCGUGUGUUAGUCGCUGAAUUUGAAAUGCCUAAACCGAUAAAGGUGAAAAAAAGAAAAGAUCACCCGGAUACGCUGGCACAAACUGGAACAGGAAGAGGGGCAAAAGAUGUGUGA